AUGCAGUUUCUCAGUACAGUUUGUGAUAGAGUUUCAUCUUUCAGUUCAAAUAUAUAUGAAGCCUUCUAUGAUCUUAUUAAGAAGUUCACUUCGUUUUACUCUAAAGUCCUUAUAAGUAUAAGAGAAGGUAUUUUGGCAGAAAUAUUCCCGAGCCUUCUUUUGUCGUAUAAUGCCGCGGUCCUCCUCAUACUGACUCUAUUUUUGCUGGGUCUGUCGACAUUUUUACUACUACGGCACUUAAACUCGCAUGUGCCUUUGCGUGUUAAAACCACUCAAGUUCCUCGGGGAUUUCGCCGAAGAGAUAAGAUCAGGUACCAUGCAAUCAGGUUCGGGCGCAAAUUCAGUGAAAUAACGGAGGAGUUAAAGAAGGUACAGACAAAGGAAGAACGCAGAACUACUAUCAUAAAUUUCGCUAGAAAAAUCUUCAAGUUGCAUGACAUCGAAAAGUCGCCGACGCUGGCCUAUGGUCGACUUCCUGAGUCUUUUUUUGAACCAGAUGAGGAAGAUGUCUCUUCAUUACCAGAAGAUCUCCGCUUGAUGAUAAGCUCGAUAAGGGUUUUUGGGCAACUGGAAAAAUCAUUUUUUAUCAGGUUUUGCAAAUUCAUUGAGACAAUCGAGCUAAAUGUAGGCGAGUAUCUGUUUCGUAUUGGUGAUGAAGAUAAAUAUGUGUAUGUUAUUCGUAGUGGUAGAAUCCAAAUCACUGUCACGGAACCGGAUGGAUCCAAGUGCAUCAUCGCUGAAGUUGGAAAAGGUGGGAGUAUUGAUAGUUUGCUAUCUGUUCUGAGUAUACUCACUGGUUAUCCUUCAACUUUUGAGUUCAUGGAAGCAGUCGCUUUGGAGCCCACAACAGUAUUAUGCUUACCGGUCCGAUCAUUUUUAGAAAUAUGCAAAACGCAAACACCUCUUUUUCGCAUUAUUCAGAUGAUCGCAGUUAGACUUCAGCGUUUAAGCUUCAACGCGUUACACACUUAUCUUGGCUUAAGUUCGGAACUAAUUAAUAAGGACUUCUCCCCUAUAUCUGGUUCAUCUGAAGCUCACGAAUUCCUAUGCAAGGUUUUUGAGAAGAGACCAUCAAUAAGAGACUUUAACGAAUUCGGUAAUAUUAGUUUAAAGUAUCCAGAUUUAGAUCUUACAUGUUCAAAAGUUAAAUUUUCCAUAUCGAAUGUCACAGAUAAUCAAAAGUCUAAAAAUUCUGAAUCAGAAUUAGAACAGGUUUUCACCUAUAAUGAUGAUCUGAAUUUAGAUUCAAUGUCUCAAUCUGGUGCACUUGAAUUAGGUGAAAGUCCUAUAUUCUACGAUCGGAAAAGGGCAUCACCUUCUAUAUUUUCACCUUCUCAACCACCCAGUCCGAAUUGUAAACAUCGUUUCACUAAUUUACGUCGGGCACGCUCUCUUGCAGAUACAUCUCGUAAAUUUCAGUUAAACUAUGACGAUGUAAAUGAUGUGAUAAAAGACAUUGGUAAUAAAAAUAACAAAGGAGAACCUUGUGAUUUUGUGAAAGAUGUUAAUUUUACCAAAAGUGAAUUAAAAGAAAUGAUAAAAUUUGCUGAAAAAGAUUUAGCUAAUCUAUUAAAUUUAACCGAUACCAGUAUCCUGCAUGAACAUGUUUCACUUACCACUGUUUCGUCUGAUUUUAUACUUUCAAGAGAAUGUGAAAUGCAAUUAGAAAUGUAUUAUGUAAUAUUUGGAGAAUUGAGAGCUUUCCAAUCAACUAAUGAUGGAUCUAAUAAUGAUGUCAUUACAAUGUUUAAAUGUGGACCGGGAAAAGCAGUUGGACUUUUGGGACUGAUAACCGGUGAACCAAAUAUUUAUGGAGUACAAGCUACUACAAAAACUAUUGUAGCCGUUUUAUCCCGUGAAACAUUUUACUCUGUAGUUCGUCAAUAUCCUAAGGCUUUGUUCAGUGUUACUCAUAUUAUUUCUUCUCAUUUAUCACCGUUAUUUCAUCAACUUGAUUUUGCUAUAGAAUGGUUGUCUGUUAAAUCAGGAAAGGCUUUAUAUAAGAAAGGAGACAUCGCAAAUCAUGUAUAUGUUGUUUUAAGUGGUCGAUUAAGACAAGUCGAUAAUAUGCCUGAUGGAGGUCAUCGUAUAGUCAGUGAAUUGGGGCGUGGUGAUCUCGUAGGUUUUCUUGAAGUCAUUAGUCAGCAAACACGAAUAUCUACAGUUAUGGCGAUUAGAGAUUCAGAAUUGGCUCAAAUUCCUUCACAUUUACUUCAUCAUCUUAAGAAUAAAGUUCCACAAGUUUUAACUCGUAUUAUUCAAUUAUUAUCAGAUAAAUUAUUGGGUAAUUUAACAACUAGUUCUAGUACGGCUAGUCAAUUGGGCAUGCCACUUCUACAUAUGACUAGUACAAAUUCUUUAGUUACCGGUGGAUUAGGUUAUACAACUGGUGGAAAUUCUAAAUUGGAUGUUUUAUAUAGUCCAUUGAAUAGUGGUGUUAUGACUAAUCUACGUACAAUUGCUAUAUUACCUACUACAACUGACAUUAAUGCUGAAGCAUUCACUUUGGAAUUACAACAUUCUAUGAGUUCGAUGGGAUCAUCUGUUCGUCUUACUUCAGAUAUCGUACUGAAACGUUUAGGUUCAUGCGCAUUCGAUAGCAUUAACCAGUAUAGACUUAGUACUUGGUUAAGUCAUCAAGAAGACUCACAUCGUAUUGUUUUCUUCGUUUGUGACUGUCAGCGAGUUUCAGCCUGGAAUCGUAUAUGCAUUCGUCAAGCUGAUUGCAUUUUGGUUUUAGCUUUGCAUUCGUCUGAUCCAGCGCGUCCCUCACCAAUAGAGAUGGCAUUAAAAAAUGAUCCAACAAAGGUUGCCAAAGUGCUUAUUCUUAUGUAUCCUUUAGAUACAGAUUAUACAGAAUCCGGUAAAACUGCAGUAUGGUUAAAUGCUCGACCAUGGAUUAGUCAACAUUAUCAUAUACGUUGUGAACCUCGUGUAUUUAUACCUCGUUCAAAGUUGAAUCUCAUCAAUUUUUAUACUAAAGUAUUUGCUCGUGAAAAACCUAAUCCACUAUCUGAUUUCUCUCGUCUUGCUCGUUACAUAGUAGGUGAAGCUGUUGGUCUUGUUCUAGGUGGUGGAGGAGCAAGAGGUUGUUCACAUGUUGGACUGAUACGUGCUUUUCAAGAAGCUGGGAUUCCAAUUGAUUUAGUUGGUGGUACAAGUAUUGGCUCUUUUAUGGGUGCUUUAUGGGCUGAUGAAACUCGCGUUGCACAGUUUACUCAAAGAGCUAGAAAUUUCACUAACUGUUUCAAUUCCAUAUGGAAGAAAAUAAAAGACUUCACUUAUCCUGCAGUGUCGAUUUUUUCUGGUAAAGAACUUAAUCGUCAACUUCAAUCGACAUUUCAUGACCGUCAAAUUGAAGAUUUUUGGCUUCCUUUCUUUUGUGUAACAACAGAUAUAACUAAUUGUAAAAUGCGUAUUCAUACACAAGGAUCGUCUUGGAGAUAUGUACGUGCAAGCAUGUCAUUAUCUGGUUAUUUGCCACCAUUAUGUGAUCCUUACGAUGGAAGUUUAUUGUUGGAUGGUGGGUAUACUAACAAUCUACCAGCUGAUGUGAUGGUAUGUUUUGGUGCGAAAACGAUUUUUGCUAGUGAUGUUGGUGCUGCUGUAGAGACUGAGCUUACAAAUUAUGGUGAUCAUUUAUCUGGUUGGUAUUUGCUAUACAAUCGAUAUUUCAGAGUUGGAACUCCUGUACUACGUAUCCCGAGUCUAACGGAAAUUCAGGCUCGUCUAGCUUAUAUUUCUUGUGUACGACAAUUGGAAUAUAUAAAAGCCAGUGGUAUAUGUUUUUAUCUUCGACCACCGGUUGAUAAGUAUUUAACUCUUCAAUUCUCUGCGUUUGAUGAAAUAGCCAAUGUUGGCUAUGAUUACAUUAAAUAUAUGCUUAAUACUUGGCACGAAGAAGGUCGCUUACAAAAUCUCAUACCAGGUGUGAAACUACAUAUUUCCUCUUUGACUGAAAUAUCUACAUGUGAAAUAGAUCCAUCAACUGCUCAGUUAACUCCAGUUCAUUCAACAGCAACUCAUAACUGGUUAACUCAGAGUUUUAGUGAUCAGCCCACAUUCAUUGAUCUAGCUGAAUGUGUAGCUAAAACAUCCAAAGGUGUGAGUUCUUCAGGUUCUGAUAGGUACUAUAGAACAGAUAGUACCAAUGUACAAAAUUUCCCUCAGUUACCUGAUAUGGCUAGUAAAAUUACUAUACCUGAUAUUUCUACCUAUACCAAUGCUACUGUUUCCAGUGGUAGCAGUAUAACUACUGUAAAGAAAUUUCCGAAACCUACGCACACCGUUGUUUCAGAUUCAACAUCACGAUAUUUUGAUACUGAUCACUGUUUACAGUCUGGAUCCAGUUCGAAAAUUUCAUCUUCAAAUGAACAACAUAGCAAGGAAGGACAAAAGCAUAUUUUCGACUUUUUGAAAAAUAAUCUGUCUUCCAAGAAUAGACGACGUUUUCUAAGUAAUUGUUACGAUUCAUCUUUAAAUGUUGGUAGCAGUUAUUCAUACCGAAAUUCAGACGUCUUAUGUAAUGUAAAUUGUGCUCCGAUCCAAAACAAUUUGUUUAAAAGUGGUGUCCACCCUAAUCAUUUACGGAAAUAUAAAUCUGAUUAUGGUCUACAAGCGUAUGACAACAGUCAAACAGGGAAUUUAAUUAUGAAUAGUGAUCUCGAUCCCGUGGUUAAUGCAUCUGCAAAAUCUGCACACGUUACUAAAUACAGUCUGUCUUCCUUUAGAUCUUUGGAAGAUGAUGGGUAUUUAGAAGAUGAUGAAAGUUCCACAGACUGUGCACAUUCUCCAGUCACAGCAUCUGAUCCCGAAUUAAGACAUGAUGUUUACCCCGAAUCCAGUAAUGCAGAAAAUAGGGGUUUGCGCCAGAGAUCAUCUUCUAUAUAUGGGCUUCCACAUUAUUUGUUACAUACAGAAGUAUCAAACAAGAGAUGUGAUUCACCGAAUUCUGAUAAUGUGAAAAAUCCGUCUAUCAUAAAGGGUCAACAAGGAAGUAAUGAUGCGAAUGUAUUUAUGAACAACCCAUUGCUUAAGUUAGAUAUGACAUCUGUACGUAAUCGGACGAAGCUAAAUCGCAAAAGACAUCACCGUUCAUCAUUAGAUCGAUUACGGACUGAUCGUGAUCGAGGGGCAGCAAACUCGCUUGUUAACCUACCAUAG